GACUGUGACUGUAUAUAUUCUUUUCAGGUUAUGUCUGUUUAUAUUCAUACAAGUGAGUUUUAAGUUGACUCUAUUGAAAUAUCACAUUUUCUCACUUCUACUCUUCCAAUGGAAACAAAACACUAACUUUGAUCUGUAUCGGAGUGGAACCGAAUUGAGGGUUUUGGUGAAAACUAGACCAUUGAAAAAGAACGCGUUGGAUCGAGUAGGAGCAUAUUGGGGCAUGCAACGCGAACAAACCUAAUAACUGAAGUACAGUCGAACCUCCCAAAACGUAUAAUGCAUGCGUGAAGUAAAGAGUGAGGGAAUAAGGGAAGUAUACGUUUUGGAAGGCUCGUCGGUCCCGACUGUAUACGUUUUGGGAGGUUCGACUGUACGUGUAUCAGUGAUCAAGAAUCACCUAAGUAUUAUGGAAAAAGAUACAGAUUACUUUUUAGAAAAUAUUAAUCCAAGACAUUUUAUCAGACAAGAAUCAGGGGAACUGCCUAAUGCAACUCUUUUAGCGCAAAUCUGUCACAUUCUUGUUACUGAAACUACUCCAGAUGCAGCUAAAAUUUUAUGUUUGAAGUGCCUAGGAAAUUCUUGUCUUGGCUAUAAAUACAAACAACAUGCAUCAGAAAAUACAGAAUCUGAUAGAUACUGCAAAAAAAUGUAUAAAGAAAUAAUUGAAAAGAGUUUAUAUGAGCACAUGAAGAGCUGUAUUUAUCCAUAUGACACUCAUUUUCCUUAUGAAGGUGUCAUAAAAUGGAGUAUAGAUUAUAUUAUACAAUUUUAUGAUAAAUCUACAAAUUGCUUGGGUGAUAAAGAAUUAGAUAUUCUUCGACUUAGCAUUCAAUUUUUAUGUAAUUUAUUUACAUAUGCUUGUCCAGAUGAAAUGUCUACAGAUAAUAAUGUACAUAGAUAUUUAAAUUGUAGCCAAUUGAAGCAAGUUAUCUUGAAUUGCAUGCAGUCUAAUAAUAAACCACUUGCUAGUGCAGCUUGCAUAUAUGUACACAAUGUAGUAAAAAAAUUACAUUACGACUACUUCACUAUUGAUGUAAAAAGUCUCUGUAUUCAGUUAUUAAAACCUAUUAAAGUAGGUUUUACAUCUGCAAAGGAUAUACUAUUGUAUAUAUUACAUGAGCCAAAAUUUAUAUUUGAAGAUGUGUAUACUAAUAUAACAAUAAGUGAGAAACUAGAUUUACUUAAAAUAAUCUACAGUGAAUUCUGGGAAUGUUGGCAAUCUGAUUCUAAUAGAAUACUCACAGAUGAUCAGGUGGAAUUUUUAAUACUUACAUUUUGUAAAAAAAGUGAUCUUAUUUUGAAAACUGUUGACACUUAUAUGAACAAUGUAGAACCUACGGAAGUUAUUUUUAUUCUUAAUAUUUUGGGACUUAUCACUACUAAUGUCUCACAAUAUAAGAUUAAAACAGAAACUGCAAAAUAUUUGUUUACUAAUUGUAAAUAUCUUUUAAUGUCUUUACACAUGAUGGGGAAAAAAUCACUUAAUUAUUUUACUCCUAUAACAAAUUUGAGUAAAGUAGCACCUAGUAUUCAAGAGAAAAAAAGUAAUGUAAACUCAACCGUUAAUGAUACUGAAAUAUCAAUUUUACAAAAUGAUUUACAAUAUCAUCCUGCAUAUGGUUUUAAAGCAGGGCUAAUACAAGUUGUUGCAAAUAUGAUGUACAGAAACAAAAUGUGUCAAGAUCUGUUUCGUGAAAUAGAUGGGAUACCAUUACUUUUGGAUUGUUGUAAUAUAGAUGCAAGGAAUCCGUUUAUAUUGCAAUGGACUAUUCUCGCCAUAAGGAAUUUAUGUGAAGGAAAUUCGAUAAAUCAAGAAAUUAUUAAAAAUUGUAAAAAAGAAGGUGUGCUGGAUAAUUCCAUUUUAGAACAGAUAGGAUUGACUUUACACGAAGACACUGAUGGAAAGUCCAUUCGUAUUGUUCCUUUAUGUCGUGAUUAAACAAAUAUAAUAUUUUUAGAAUUGCAAGUUAGCAAUUGUUGUUUAUCUAUAUUAAUACUUUUGUUAAUGUAAAAUAUGUAUUUUCUUUGAGAAACCAUUAAAUAUUACAAAUUAAUUAAAA